UAUUGUAAUUUAUCGCUGUGUUUUCCCAUUGUUUUCCCAUGUGAAAUAACUGAUGCAAUCAUCCUUUAAAAAGUAUUAGAAAGUUUUUCCUGAGUUCACCAUAAAAAUGUUUCGAAACAUAGCUAAACUUGCUCCGAAUUUUCGUCGAGUCAUAUCUCCUUACAGCACACAGGUGUCUGAAAAGAUAUUAAACUUUCCUGAAACCAAAGUGAGUAAACUGUCAAAUGGUCUGCGAAUUGCCUCUGAAGAUUCAGGUAUACCAACAUGUACUGUAGGUUUAUGGAUUGAUGCUGGGAGCCGUUAUGAAACAGAAACAAACAAUGGAGUUGCUCAUUUUCUUGAACAUAUGGCAUUCAAAGGCACCGAAAAACGAUCUCAAACUGGUUUAGAAUUGGAAGUGGAGAAUAUGGGCGCUCAUUUAAAUGCCUGUACAUCUCGAGAACAAACCAUUUUUCAGGCUAAGUGCUUGACAAAGGAUGUGAGGAAAGCUAUUGAUAUAUUAUCUGAUAUAAUCCAGAGCAGCAAAUACGGGCAGUCUGAAAUUGAGAUUGAAAGAGGUGUAAUCUUACGCGAAAUGCAAGAAAUCGAAAUGAAUCUUCAAGAACUUGUAUUCGAUCAUUUGCAUGCUGCUGCCUUCCAAAACACGCCUUUGGGCCGUACCAUUCUCGGACCAGUUGAAAAUAUCAAAAGCAUUUCACGAAAAGACUUAGUCGAUUUCAAAACAAACCAUUAUGUGGCAUCGAAAAUGGUUUUAGCUGGUGCUGGUGGAGUGCAACAUGAGGAAUUAGUGAAGCUAGCUGAAGAAUAUUUCGGAUUGUUAAAAAGUCACGGUGCAGAUGGUGCAGAUUUCUUGCACACCUGCAAAUUCACUGGAAGUGAAUCCCGUCUGUGUGAUCAAUCAAUGCCUUUAGUUCAUGCAGCUCUUGCAGUUGAAGGUUGCGGUUGGAUGAAUCCUGAAAGUAUCCCAUUGCUUAUUGCAAAUAUUUUAAUUGGCAAUUGGGAUCGAUCUCAUGGAAGUGGUGGUAAUAUUUACAGCAAGUUGGCUCAUAAUGUGAGUGCUAAAAAUUUAUGCCACAGUUUUCUGUCAUUCAAUACUUGUUAUAAAGACACAGGAUUAUGGGGAAUUUAUCUGGUUACUGAUGAAAAAACAUUUAACGAUAUGCUUUCUACUGUGCAAGAAGAAUGGCACAGACUAUGUACUUCAGUAACUGAAGAAGAAGUGAAUAGAGCAAAAAAUUUAUUGUUGACAAACUCGCUACUAUUAUUAGAUGGAUCUACACCAAUAUUUGAAGAUAUUGGUAGACAAAUGUUGAAUUACAAUAGGAGAAUACCUCUGCCAGAAAUGGAAGCAAGAAUUGAAAUGAUAAAUGCUGACAUUGUUCGUGAAGUGUGCACCAAUUACUUGAAAAGAAAGCCUGUGACAAUAGCAGCUAUUGGACCUAUUGAAAAGAUGAUGGACUAUAACACAUUACAAAGAGGGAUGCAAUAAAAAAUAAUCUGAUUUAUUUUUAUUUGGUUUAUAUGUAGAAAUAUUCAUUCAUGCUUAUUUAUUAUAGUUUGAUAAUAUUUUAUAUAUUUAUGAUAAUGUCAUCCAUAUUUGUAAAAUUAGUAAUAUUUUUUGAAACAAAUUUAAUUAAAUCUGGCAAAAUAAAAAUUA